AUUACCCCUGUUUAGAGAGAGAGAAAGAGAGAGAGAGAGAGAGAGAGCGCGCGGGGUGAGGCCACAAUGGGUAAGGUAGUGGAGAAGAAGAGGAAGAAGAAAGGACGACCGUCUCUUUUAGAUCUCCAAAAGCGAAGUCUCAGACAACAACAACAGCAACAACAGCUGCAACAGAAACGGAAUCCUAACUCUAAUCCUCACUCCAAUAAUUUUAGAAACCCUAUCAUACCUAACCCUAACCCUAACCCUAACCACCGACUUACUCGCCGGAACCCUUAUCCCGACGGAACCGCAGCGGCGUCGGACAGGAAUGAAGGUGCAGAUGACGAUGACGAUGACGACGACGACGACGACGACGACGAUGACGACGAUUCGAACGGGAGGCGGAGAGAGAAGAAGCUCAAGUUUGUUCUCCGACUACCUGCAAAUCAGCAGAAUAUGUCUUCGGUCAAUUCCUCUUUGAAUUCUGGUUCCUGUGGGUCCGAUUCGAACGUGGAGGAUGAGAAUGGCGAGACGCCGCAUAAAAGGAGAAAGAUCAAUGCCUUCGUUGAUGGAUCCAAUAACGUUGAUGACGGAAAGGGAGAAAAGGCGAAUUCUUCCUCGAAAGGGACAGUCAAUCUCCCAGGGACACCGUUGGAGUCUGGACCCACAACACCUUUACCGGAUAAAAAGUUGCUGGUGUUCAUCCUCGAUAGGCUUCAGAAGAAGGACACGUACGGUGUAUUCUCUGAACCAGUGGAUCCAAAAGAGCUUCCCGACUACCAUGAAGUUAUAGAGCAUCCCAUGGAUUUCGGAACUGUGAGGAAAAAACUGGCUGCUGGAUCUUAUGCCAAUUUGGAACAAUUUGAGAAAGAUGUUUUCUUAAUCUGCUCAAAUGCUAUGCGAUAUAAUGCAUCAGAUACAAUUUACUUCAGACAGGCACGGUCAAUACAAGAGCUAGCAAAAAAGAAUUUUGAAAAUUUGAGGCAGGAUAGUGAUGAUAAUGAACCAGAGCCUAAAGUAGUAAGGAGAGGUAGACCACCAACCAAAAACCUGAAAAAAACACCAGGAAGGCCACCCAUCGAAUGCAUUGGUUCUGAGUUCUCAGAAGCAACUCUUGCUACUUCUGGAGAUGGUGUGACAUGGUCCAACUCUUAUGAUCUUAGAAGAGGAUCUCUUCAAGAUAAGUCUGGUCCCGCUGAUGCAUCAGGAAGGACUGUCCAUGGAACUCGUGGCAGUGAUGCUUAUGCUAGUUGGUUGGCUGAGCACAAAACAGAGAGGAAUGAUGAGUUUCCAGGUUCAGGAUUAAGAGGUAUGCCAGUGAAGUAUGGGAAGAAGCAAAUUGUUAUAGAUGAAAAUAGACGUAAAACCUAUAAACUAUCACAGCAAUUGGUUAGUGGACGCGAGUCAUUAACAUUUACUAUCUUUGAUGAAGAGAAGCACUUGAUGGCUGUGGGUCUCCACUCUGAAUAUGGUUAUGCGAGGAGCCUAGCUCGAUUCGCUGCAAACCUUGGGCCUGUAGCAUGGAGAACCGCUUCAAAGAAGAUAGAAAGGGCAUUGCCUGCUGGACUGAAGUUUGGUCCUGGUUGGGCGGGAGAAAAUGAGGCUCCAUUGCCACAGCCCCCUGUGCUAUCAACAUCUCUGCCAGGACCAUUGCCACAGCCACCUGUGCUAUCAACAUCUCUUCCAUCACAAUUGCUUACCCCACGCAAGGGUUCAUCUUCCAUGGUGACACCUUGCUUAGUGGAGUCAAGUGGUGAUAAAUCAUCAGAGAAUCAAGAAAAUUUCAAUAACUCAGCUUCAGAUGGCCUUCCAAAAAGAUCUUUUGCACAGUCUACCUCUGCUCCCUCAUCUUCUGCAGUGACUAACAAAUCUCCAGAACCUACUAUGGAGGGUGUCGAACCUAGUAGAGGAUUAAAUUAUGAUAAUAGGUUUAAUUUACCGAACAGUGGUGGUUCUGUCAGGCCUAAUCCUCCCUUCCAGAUUCAUCAGAGCCCUGCAUUGCACCCUGCAAUGAAUGGUUUUAGUAGUGGACAAGGGUUUAGUUUUCCAUCUCAGAUUGGGAAAUUGGCAAGAUUGGCCAGACCAGCUGGCAACUUCAGUUCAGAGGUGCCAAUGCCUUCACGACUUCCCAAUACGGUUUCAAGAAAUAAUAAUAAUUUUGUCCAUUCAACUCCUGUAAACCGUUUAGAUCCAAAUGAAUCAAAGCUGUCUGGGAGUUCAAAUACAAUAAUUUCUAGUGGUUCCAUGGAUGACCAUGCGGCACAAGCAAUACCUGGAACAGGGUUAUGUUCUCAACCAUCUUGGAGGGGAUCAUCACUACAGCAGAAUCCAGAUCCAGUUCCACCGGACUUGAAUGUGAGAUUUCAGUCACCAAGCUCUCCAAAUUCUGGCGUGAGGGUUGAGUCACCACAGCCUGACUUGGCAUUGCAGCUUUGAGGAUGAUAAGAUCGUUUUUCUUUCAUUUGAUUUGCUGGAGAUUAUUGCCUAAUUGGUGUAGGAGUUACAGCUCCUGUAGUUCAGAAGGAAAUGAGAUGGCCGAUUUGACAAGGAAGCAGGACAAUAGCCACACCGUAAUUGUGUUGUAAAAGAGUUACACUCCUGCCACCGGAGGGAGGAGGGUGAUUUGUACAGAUUAAUGUAUCCUAAUUGAGGGGAAAAAUUCCAUUUGUAAUAUUAAAUCCAUCAUUUAGUAGAAGCGAUAUUUUUUUCCUUGUUCCAAUUAA